CACGAGGAAUUUGGAACACACUCGCUAGUAAGAGUGAGGAUAGAUCCCUAAGUACUGUAUUAAUUUGAUAAAAACCACUGUCAGAUCUCAUUGUUCUUACACACGCAAACCCAGAAGAGUGUCUGUCUGAGUGUGUGUAUAUACAUAUACACAUAUAUAUAGAGAGAGAGAAAGAGAGAGGGGGGGCAGAGGGUGAGAUGAACUGGAGACCAGGGACUUGCUUACGGUGCUGCUUGGUGAUUUUUGCAGUGGUUUCUGCACUAUGCGUAUCUGGACCGGCAUUGUAUUUUAAGUUGAAGAAAGGUUUGAAAUUGAAAGGUGUUUCUGCUUCUUGUGCUCCAUGUGUUUGUCAUUGUGCCCCUCCUCAAUCCCUUUCUCAGAUUGCUCCUGGCUUGGCUGAUCUCUCUGUUACAGAUUGCGGAAAAGAUGACCCUGAUCUCAAGGAAGAGAUGGAGAAGCAAUUUGUGGACUUACUGUCCGAAGAGCUAAAGUUGCAAGAAACGGUAGGCGAAGAGCACUCUCAUCAUAUGAACAUUACAUUAGGUGAGGCAAAAAGAUUGGCUUCCCAGUAUCAGAGGGAAGCCGAGAAAUGCAAUGCUGCUACAGAAACUUGUGAGGGAGCCAGAGAACGAGCCCAGGUGCUGCUCACUAAGGAGAAGAAAAUGACGACAUUGUGGGAACAAAGAGCACGGCAACUUGGUUGGGAAGGGGAAUAGUUACAUACAGAAAUUUUAUAUAUUUCUGUUUUCUGCUAAUGCUGUCUACAUGUGAAUCCAGGAAAGAC